CUGUCCCCUUCGGCCCCAGGCCACCUCCUGCAGCCGCGCUCCAGCACCGGGCACCCGCGUCCGCGCCGGACAGUCCCCGCGCUAUUCCCGGGUCCACCCCUCGGCCGUGCUGAUUGGGCAGGCGGGGUCUCCGCCCGGCGGAAAGUUUUCGGUGCCUGGAGGAAGUUGAACCUUGGAAACUCCGAGCAAGCGACUCCGGUGGUGGCCUCGGGGGACUCGAGGUCAUGGAGGAGCCCCCGGUGCGAGAGGAGGAGGAAGGAGACGGAGAGGUGGAUGAAGCCGGGCCCGAGGGCGCCCUGGGCAAGAGCCCCUUCCAGCUGACCACCGAGGACGUGUACGACAUCUCCUACGUGGUGGGCCGCGAGCUGAUGGCCUUGGGCAGCGACCCUCGGGUGACCCAGCUGCAGUUCAAGAUUGUCCGCGUGCUAGAGAUGCUGGAGGCGCUGGUGGAUAAGGGCAGCCUGGCCGCAGAGGAGCUGAGGAUGGAGAGGGACAACCUCCGGCAGGAGGUGGAGGGGCUGCGGAGACGGGGCCCGCCUGCCCAAGGGGAGGUGAACCUGGGACCGGACAAAAUGGUGGUUGACUUGACGGAUCCCAACCGGCCGCGCUUCACCCUGCAGGAGCUGCGGGAUGUGCUGCAGGAGCGCAACAAGCUCAAGUCCCAGCUGAUAGUGGUGCAGGAAGAGCUGCAGGGCUACAAGAGUGGCCUGAUUGCACCAAGAGAAGGCCCAGGGGGAAGAAGAAGAAACGAUACUGUGGUUACCAGAGCCUGCAAUGCCAACAGUGACAAGGAGGAGAAGACAAUCAUGAAGAAGCUUUCUCGGCGGACACAACAUCUUUUUUUGUACAUGGUGCUGAGGAUCGAACCCGGGCCGAACGAAUGCCAGGCGAGCGCUCUACCGCUUGAGCCACAUCCCCAGCCCCCACUGUUCUCCUUCCGGUCUGGGAAGCAGACCUAGAUCAAAGCCGUGACCUCUGACCUCAGACUUGACCACAGCAAGAUGCCCUCCAGACCAUCUCCCUCCGCGUCCAAACUGUUUUUGCUCUUUUGCUUCCGAGGAAGGAGCGGAGGUUGUCACAGGCUCACCUUCUCACGGCCACAGAACUGGACACCCUGGAACUUCUGGCCAGGGCGGGCGACGGGGCCCCAAGAAAUCCAGAAAGCAGAAGGAGUGUGAGAUAGAGCGACCUCCUGCCUCUAGGGCCCGGAGAGGCCUCCAGUGUGUGGACACCUCCGGUCCCACCAAUGCCCCAGGCCUUUGAAGGUGGCAAGGUGGGGGAGAAAGGAGGAGUACGUGGUACUGACUUCCCAGUGCCCUCUUCACUGGUACUUGGCGAAUAUUCGAUUUAGCUCCUGUGACUUCCUUUACAUGAUUUUGUAUUAAAGUUAAAUGACUUUUGUA